CAGUGACACAUGCUGGAGGGUGUGCACACACAGCUCUUUGGAUGACAUAACGCGUACAAGCAGUAGACCACACACUAUAUAAACCUGUCCAUACUUGUCCCAAGACAUAACCGAGGCUGUCACUAAGAUCGUUAUCAGAAUAUCCCAUCAGAGGCCUCCAUUAUGGGUGAAAUGGCAAAAACCUUUGUCUUCUUGGACCUGGAAGCCACGGGUCUCAAUGCUGACCUACCAAAAAUCACCGAGAUUUGUCUGAUUGCCGUCCAUGUCUCAUCUCUGGAGAACCCAGAAACCAAUGAUUCGGGGGAGGUACAGCUCCCACGGGUUCUGGACAAGCUCUGUCUGUGCGUGGACCCAGGGAAACCCGUCAGUGAAGGAGCUUCCAGUAUCACCGGCCUCAACAAUGAAAACCUCAGCAACAGCGAGAAGCAAAAAUUCGAUACGAGCCUCAUCAACUCGGUCAACGAAUUCAUCAAUCGUCAGGCCAAACCGGUCUGUCUGGUUGCCCAUAAUGGAUUCUUUUACGACUUUCCGCUCUUGAAGACUGAGCUACUGCAAGAAAAUGGAGACUUUCCCGGCACCAUGUUGUGUCUGGAUUCUCUCCAAGCUUUCCGACGCCUGGAUAAUCCAACUUCCAAGUAUGUCAAGGGGAGACAUACCCUACCCGAAUUAUACAGGCGAAGCUUUGGAAGGGAACCAAAUCAGUCUCACUAUGCUGAAGGGGAUGUGCUGACCCUAAUCCUGGUCUUCAUUUGCCAAGCGAGGCAAAUACUUGAGGCGCCAUGUUACAAGACAUGGGAGGAGAUAAAACCCAUGUACACAUAACCACCACCUACUACAUAUAAACAUUGGUGGAGACCCUCUAGGCAAAACAUUAAAGCGGUUUUCCAGGGAGAUUUUUUUUUUUAAGAAUAUUGGGUCAGAAAGGGUUAAAAAAAAAUAUAUUAUCUCCACCGAUUCCGAAGCUGCUCCAGUCCCCCAGCUGCUUUUUACUUUUUCACUUUCUUUUUGGUCUUGGCUCAACACAUCGGAAAUGCCUACGCAGCCAAUCACAGGCAGAGUGGGGGGCUAAACCGGGAGUCAGGCUGGGACCAGGGCAGCAGCGGUGAAUCGAUGGACAGGGGCGGACUGAGAAGUUAAAGUGACCUUAAAAAACGAAGUCUUUAGUUGUAGGCGAAGGCAGGGCAACACAAGUGGGAGGAGUCAGCAAUACUACAGUGCAGCACAAAAUCCCGCCCCAGAGGAACUCAAUACCACAGUGCAGCAUAAAAUACUGCUACCCUCGCCACAGUUUUCAACUAUAUCACCUUACCGAGGACAACAAUAGAGUUGAAUUCAGGAGGGCACUUGUGGCAGCUGGGUAUGUACUUGGUGCUCCUAGCAUUAAUUAAUGCUCAGAGCAUCAGAUCGUUAUGUACCCAGCUGGCAGCCAUGAUGAGGGGUCAGGUGGCCCCAUGGACAUCAGCCCAUGAGGAAAUUUACCUGUAGGGUCUGCCCCUGUCGGCGGAGGUGAGUAAGGAUUUUUUCUGACCCAUAUUCUUAAAUAAAAAUUCCCUGGAAAACCGUCAGGAGCUCCUCUACUGCAUUUUUUAUGAUUGAAAGGACUCUCAGCGCUUUACUUUAUGCAAUGUAUUUCACAAGCAUUAUAUUGUAAGUUAAUAAAGUGUUUUUAUGAUA